AUGGGAUCCAACAUAGAGGAAGCCGUUAGGGCCAAAGCAUUUGCCGAGCAGCAGUUCAUGCAGAAAAACUUUGCAGGCGCUAAAAAUCUUGCCCUCAAAGCCCAGAUGCUUUGCCCUGAGCUCGAGGGCAUAUCUCAAAUGGUGGCCACAUUUGGAGUCUACACGGCCUACGAGGCCAAAAUCAAUGGAGAGCCUGAUUUCUACUCUAUCCUCGGACUGGACCCUUCUGUGGACCGGUCCAAGAUAAAGAAACAGUAUAAGAAGAUGGCCUUUCUGCUGCACCCCGACAAGAAUAAGACCGCAGGUGCUGAUGGGGCCUUCCGGCUCGUCUCCGAGGCGUGGGCCCUCUUGUCUGAUAACUCCAAGAGGAGCUCUUAUGACCAGAGAAGACAUCUGUUUUCGUCUUCCCAUAGGAGGCUGGAUACGUUCUGGACUGUGUGCACGUCUUGUCACGUUCAGUACGAGUACCUCCGGAAAUAUGUCAACAAGCGGCUCUCCUGUAAAAAUUGCCGUGGUGUGUUUGUUGCUGUGGAAACUGGGCUGGGCCCACAUGAUGGCGUUUUCCCUUAUGGAAAUUACUCGUACGCGCCCGAAAACGGAUACGCGGGCCACGGUUGUGGGGUUACAUAUGUACCAACAACCACGGGCUACUGUGGGCCCAAUGGGGUUUCCGCUCAUCACACCGGGUACAGAACUGAGUACGUCUCGAACAUAUCGUUUCAGGGUGCCCCAUCGCGAAAUCCCACCGGGAUUGUGGAUGCUAAUGGACUAUCCUCAUCGUCUUUCACCAUAUAUCAAGCUAACGGGGAGGGAAGCAAGUCCAGAUCCAACGGAAAACAUCAGAAAGUGAAUGCUGCUGCGUCUGAUGUGUGCCCCAAUGGGUACACCGCUUUCCAGGGAGAAAUACCUCGGCCAAAGCGCGGUCGGCCCCCCAAGAAGAUUAAAUCGGAGCCCGGAGGCCCAUUCAGCUCCGGGCCUGAAACGACAGGUCCAAAUAAUGCAGUCGAGCCGAAAGCAGCCAACGGGAGUGCAACACUGAAUCCCGAGAACUUGACAAGACGCGUCUCGGCUGUCCGCGUGGUUGACACUCGGCAGCUGUUGAUUGCUAAAGGCAGAUCCGUUAUCCGUAAAGAACUUGAAGAGAUGAUGCGGGAAGCUGAAGAGACCGAGAGGAGAAAAGCACUUGCAGCCGAAGCUAGCAAAUCCUGUGUUGCCGUCAAAAUACCACAACCAGAGCUCAAAAGAAGUAUUGCCAUGUCGAUCACGGUCCCCGAUUCUGACUUUCACGAUUUCGACAAGGACAGGUCUGAGGAAUGCUUCAAGCCCAAGCAAAUAUGGGCCCUGUAUGAUGAAGAUGACGGCAUGCCUCGUCUCUACUGUCUAAUUCGUGAUGUCAUAUCGUUAAGCCCGUUUAAGAUCUUCAUAAGCUACCUGAGCUCGAGGUCCGACACCGAGUUUGGGCUGGUCAACUGGCUGGACUGUGGAUUCACCAAAUCGUGUGGGAAUUUCAGGGUGUUCCAUUCGGAGACCAUUGAGCAGGUCAACAUAUUCUCUCAUCUGUUGAGCCGUGAGAAAGCCGGGCGAGGAGGGUGCGUGAGGAUAUACCCGAGAAAAAGGGAUAUCUGGGCGGUUUAUAAAAACUGGUCGCCUGAUUGGGACAGGUCGACACCCACUGAUGUGAGGCACCAGUAUGAGAUAGUUGAGGUUCUUGAUGAGUAUUCGGAGGAAAAUGGUGUGUGGGUAAGGCCUGUGAUAAAGCUUGACGGGUACAAGACGGUUUACCAGAGGAAUCGGGAUGAUGGUGCCGCUCGGUGGAUACCGAGAAGAGAAAUGUUGCGUUUCUCACACCAGGUGCCUUCUUUCCCGCUUGAGGUUGAAAAGACAAAUUUGCCCGAGGGCUGUUGGGAUCUAGACCCGGCUGCCACCCCGGAUGAGUUUCUCCUCCGCAGGCAAAUAGAUUUGGAGAACGAUAAAAAUCAGAGCGAGAUUUGCGGCUCGAAUCCGGACGAGAAAGGAUUGAUCGAUAUCGAUAUGAAUCUGGGGUAA